UAUGCAAUCUUUCUGCUAGAAUUAUGUUGUAAUGUUUGAAACACAGCGAACGUUUUCAUUUCAAAACGUGGACUUCCAAAUACUCCUAUUCCGAUGUGAAAUCGGCAAUAGCUGCGACACCAGGUAGAACGUCACCUGCCAAAAGUUCAAGGGUAGCACCUCCGCCUGUGGAAACGUAGGAUACGGCAUCCGUCUUUCCAAACUUCUCGAGAGCUGCUACGGAAUCUCCCCCACCCACGACGGUGAUUGCUCCGUUCUUGGUGUUUUCCUCGAGCGCGUCCACCAAUGCCUUGGUACCGUCAUCAAAGGGCUCGAUUUCAAAAACCCCCAUUGGUCCAUUGAAAAUGAUUUUUGUAGCUUCCGAGAGACCUUCCUUGUAGAGAGCACGAGUCUUAGGACCAACGUCAAGACCCAUGAAGUCGUCGUCGAUGCCACUUCCGGGGACCAAAUCAAACGUCUUCGUGUCGUCUCUGGACAUGGGACCCGAAGGAAACGAGGUUGUUGCAACAGCAUCGACCGGAAGUAGUAGCUUUACUCCAUUCUUUUCAGCAGCUGCUAGGAUUUCCUUUGCGAUAUCGAUCAUAUCGUCUUCACACAAAGAGGUUCCAAUGUUGAUGCCCUUUGCUUUGGAAAAUGUAUAUGCGAGACCUCCUCCCAAAACCAAGAUUUGAACUUGGUUGAUCAACCCCUUGAUGACUGGCAACUUAGUAGAGACUUUGGACCCUCCGAUUACUUUUCACCAAGAACAGCAAAUGGCAAAGGAAGACCAAAAACAAUUUUCGUCAGACAUUAGUUCUAAUCAUCGAGGCAAAUGAUGCGUGUACAGCAGUGCACUUACUAGCAGCUACUUUUUCGCCGUCGGCGAGCUGACUGAAGUCCAAGUAGGCUACCUCGGAGGCAACCAGGCAGCCGAUUCCGCACUUUUCCUUGGGCAGCAAGGCAGGGACGCCCGCGACACUUGCGUGCGCACGAUGAGCAGUUCCAAAGGCAUCGUUGAUGUAGGCGUCGGCAAUCGAAGCAAGGCCCUCGGCAAAAGACUCGACGUUCGAUUCUUCGUCCUAAAGUAUUGCGAUCGCAAAAACAUCGAUUUGACGAUUGUUUGGAAGAAUGUGAGUACGCACAGACGAAACCAAGGCACAAACACAAGCACGAGCUGGAAAAUUGACAAGCAUGCUCCAAACAAAAAAUAAAAUCGAGAAAAGAUCGCCGUCUACCACACGUACCUUGCGGAAUCGCAGAUUCUCUAGGACGAGGAUGGAUCCACCGGUCCCGGGAAGUUCGGCAACAGCUUCCUUUACCUUGUCGCCGAUGCAAUCGUCUACGAAUCGGACGUCGGCACCGGUGAGCUCCGUCAAGCGAGGGACAACGGCUUUCAGUGACAGGCUCGCUCGUUGGGAGCCGUCGUCGUCUUCCCCCUUCUGGACCUUCUUGGGACGACCCAUGUGGCUCAUUAAGAUUGCGUUGUUCCCAGACUUCAAAAUGAUCUCGAUCGUGGGAAUGGCACCGCGAAUUCUUGAAUCGUCGGUAAUAUUUAGAUCAGCAUCCAUUGGAACAUUAAAGUCGACCCGAACUAGAAUAUUCUUGGCGCCGUCCUUGUCCAGGAUUUCGAGAACAUCGUUCACAUUGCGCUUGCGGGUUUGUCCCGGAGCGUAUGCUGGCAUAGUU